UCGAUUCAAUUCAAUUCAAUUCAAUUCAAUUCAAUUCAAUUCAAUUCAAUUCAAUUCAAUUCAAUUCAAUUCAAUUCAUUUUAUUUUAAUUCAAUUUAUUUAUUUAUUAACUUUAUUAGUAUGACACAUGUCCUUGCUACAGCGACACAGGCAAUGGCAGCGGUCACAAGCACGGUAGGGGCGUCACUCGUAGCCGCCGCAGCCACCACAGCCGCACACAUGCUCCAGCGGCGCGACGACGACGACGACGAUACGUCAACACUCAGCGAAAUCAACAUUGACGCAACGUUCCUGUUCGACUGGGGCAAUGCACCAGGCACCGGGCCAUACUUCUCAGCCAACAACAUCGACGCAGCAACGCAAAUAACAUCAGCAGCAAUGAUGGGCAGCAUCUGCCUCCUGGUAUUCUCCUGGCUACGCUACCGCACCCCCGAGCUAUACUCACACCGCCUGCGGCUGCGGCUCAUGCGGCCACCAAAUAUUCCACACACGCUGUUCGGGUGGGUAUACCCAUUGGUGACAAUGAGCGACCGCCACGUUCUGGAGACCAUCGGAUUGGACGCAUUACUGUACUUCCGCGCCUACCGUAUGUUCAUCUACAUGUUCGCGUGGAUGUCCGCCUUUGGCAUGGCUGUACUCUACCCGGUCAACUACUUAUGGGGCCGCGAGCAGCCGGACAACCUGCCCCACACGGUCUUUGACUCGCCACUGGCGCACGUCGCCGACCUCGGUGGCCGGUACUCCGCCGCCCACGUCGUGGGCGCAUACGUGUUCGCCCUCAUGCUGUUCUUCCACAUCGACCGCUUCGCCCUGCACACGAUCUCCAUGCGCUGGCACUUUCUGCUUCUAACGCGCCGGUCGGCCACCGCGCGCACCCUACUGGUAACCCAUUUGCCGCGCGAACUCCGCUCCGAGCCAGCACUGCACCGCUUUAUCGCUGGCAUGCAAAUCGGCCCAGUCGGCUGCGUACAAUUGGCGCCGGCAGACGGCAAACUGGACGAUGCGCUGCAGCAACGGAUGCGUGCGCUGGUCAGGCUAGAGCAGGCAUACGCCAAAGUGCUCGGCAACCCUUGCCGCGCUCGCUCGUACGACCCUGAGCUGCUCAAGCGCCUGGCUUUGACCGACUCGCCUGAGGCCCGUGCGCUGGAGGAGCAGCUGCUGCGUCGCUGGGCGCGCCGAUCAUGCCGCCGCACGUGCAGCCGCCGCCGCCACUGGCCCAGAGGCAGCGCCAAUGGGGGGGAGGAUGAGGGAGAUGGAGAUCGUGGAAGCCCGGUGGGCCGGCCGCGCACCAUGGUGUUUUCGGGAUGGACCGUCCGGCGCGUCGACGCCAUUGACCACUGGCGCCAGCAGCUGGCGGCCGCCGACCGGCAGCUCAGCCAAGCCCAGAAGCAGCAACAGCCUGAUCUCACCACCGGCAGCAGUGGCAGGGGUACCGUCGCCUUUGUCACGAUGCAGCGAUCCAUUGACGCACACAUCCUCAGCCAACUCAGCGUCCACGCACGACCCAACACUUGCAAGCUGCGAAUGGCGCCAGAGCCGCGGUCAAUCGUCUGGCACAACGCUGGCAAACCCUACUCCAAGAAAAUGCUGCGAUACUGGGCGGGCCUCCUCAUGACCCUCGCACUGCUCCUGCUCUGGUGCGUCCCCGUAGUGCUGAUAUCCACUCUGAUCUCGCUGCGCUUUCUGGUGACGCGGUUCCCUGGCCUUGCCGCUGCUGUGCGCGCGAGCAAGUUUGUGCGCUCGCUGCUCAGCUACACGCUUCCGUCGCUGAUCCUGACAAUCUUCAUGACAGUCCUUCCGCGCCUGCUCUGGGGCUUUGUCCUUGCUGGCGGUGAUCGGGCAUUUGCUGUUGCCGAUAAAAACAUGUUCAUCCGGCAUCUUUACUUCCUCGUAAUCUAUAUUGUCAUCAUCUUCGGCAUGUCCGGAUCCGUCUGGUCAUCGGUCUACCGCAUGUUCACUGAUUUCGGCGGCUUUUGGAAGCAGCUCGUGCGCGCACUGCCGCAGAUGGCCACUUGGUACUGCGUCUAUGUUAUGCUCUAUGGUGCCGGGUACCAGGUGAUGAAGCUCUUGCAUCUCAAAUCCGUCUGCCGCUACUUAUUCCUCCAGGCACGUGCCCGUACGCCCAGAGACUAUAUGCGCGCCAUCUCCCCUGUGUUCAUCGACUGGGGCACAUUCCAACCCUACACCGUGCUAUUCUUCUUCAUCGGCAUUCUCUACGCGCAGCUCCAGCCUUUGCUCUUGCCAAUGACCACCCUGUACUACGUCGUUGGCCUGUUUGUCAUGAAGUACAUGUGCGUGUACGCCUGGUACUUCCGCCAACAAAUGGCUGGCUCCUUGUGGCCGAUGAUCGUGCGUCGUAUGGUUGUGUGCAUUAUGGCGUAUCAGGCUCUGACCACGGCUAUUUUUGCCUCUAACAGUAACCAUUGGUUUGUCGCUCCGAUGAUGGUGCCGAUGCUGUUUACGUGGUAUUACUUUUGGGUUAGGUGCCGGUACUUGAAGGAGCUGGCGCUGUCGCCGCCGCUGCAGCUGAUGCAGGAGGCGGAGAGGAGACGGGGGGUGGGUUUGGCCGCAGAGAAGAAGAAAAGCGAGGAGCAGGGAGGGCGCAGCAGCGCUAGCCAUGUCAGCCUGAGUGACCUCACAAAUCCCAGCAUUGAUACCAGGUCCAAGCCCACGCCACCAUUGCCACCACAGCCGGUGUCGCCCACUAACAGCGAUCAAGUGUUGAUAGCUAAGCCACAGAUCACCCAUCAUUUCUCUCCCCCCCGGCUGCUCGCAGCCCUGCGCACUGCGCUGCUCCAUCCGAUCCAAGCGCUCAUCAGCACCGUCUCCUUCUCCCUUGUCUGGCUCGAAGGCGACCCGGCCGAGCCUCUCUGGGCAUUCAUCGACGACUAUGCGUUCCCCGAACGCGUCGACCCACAGGCCACCCAGCAUCCGGCUGGCGGCUCUUCUGAGGGUCCUAAUAUGCCGAAGGAGCAGCCGGGAUCGCUUGUGGAGAUCUUUACGGAUGCUGCUAAGGGACUGCCCCGGGGGUUGAGGAAUAUUGCUCACGAGAUGUUUGUUAGAUUCGAGAUUCCACGUGCGCAGCUGGAUUGCUCAGAGGUCACGCAUCCGGCGGCUGCAAAUGUGGAGAGCGCGGAUGACUAUACGGCGAGGGAGGCUGAGCGCAGGAGGAGGAGGAAGCAGAGGGAGGACAGCGAUGAGGUUGGUAAGGAGUCGGGAGAUACUCGGGUCGUGCCGACUUCCAUGACCCACUCAACAUCCGACGCUGCAUCACUGCUGCUGGACCAGCAGAAGAGUAACCCCCCACCACCAGAUAGCGCCCAACAGCACAGCAUCAACACGGACUUUAGUCUUGCGCCAGCCACCAGUCCCACCGAUCCACUACCAACCUACCCACCGACCAGCAACCUCCACACUCUCCAACAAACACAGUCGCAGCAGCUGCAGCAGUACCAGCAGUACCAAAUGCACAGCAGCGAGCUCCCCUACGGCACCCAAAUGAACCGCAAAUACACGGAUUUCGCCCAACCAAACAGCUCCUUCGCCGCAGGUAUUCUGGACUCUACCAACUUUACUUACCAACACCCGGGAUUCCACGGAAACCUCCCCUCGUUGUGGCUGCCGGUACAGCAGUUGCGGAAACGCGUGGAACUGCGGAAAACAACUAGACAGAGGAUCCGCCAGGCACGCUGGGCUGUGGAGGACCUGGUCGAGGAUAAUAUAUUGGGCGAACGUGCAGCAGAGAAAAUACACCAGACUGGGAUGAACCUCAGACAACGGAUGCGCAAGGAUCCAGCGGAUACGCAGAAUUCAUCCCAAAAGGCUGAGGAAACCAAAAGCUCGUCGGAAUCAGUGCCUUUUGCGCCUGCGCCGGAGAAUAUUUCCUUACAGGACGUGCACCGUAGGAUGGAUAAUCUGCGUGUUGAACGGAAUUGCUCUUUGCUGGGGAUUGAUCCCAAAGUAAUGCGCUUGUGGGAUCCAACGGGUUUGCAUCGCGGAUGUGCGGUGCCUGAGAGUUUAGACAGCUCAAUGAGGGAUACUACUGAUGGUAGUGCGAUGGCUGAAGAGCAAGCGGAGGAGAUGCUGCACGAAGAGGAGAGUGGAAGUGAGUCGGAUAAUACUGAUGGUGGUGAAAUCUCAUUACACAGAGUAUAGUCUUUUCUUUCUUUUAUCAUUAUUAUGUAAUUAAUGUAUUGCUUAGUAAUUA